GUCCAGAGCUCUCCGGAACCUGUGCUGAACCUUCUCCACGCAGCACGGACGCAGGGCGCAUGCAUUGCAAACAGGCCUAACUUCUACCGCUUGCACAAACAACGCAUUGCGGAAACGCUGCUGUUGGAAACGCCGAUCCAUUGCAUAAUGGGCCGAGUCACACCAAAAUCAGUUUGCGCCAGCGCUGGCCACCUUAAAUAGAGUUCAAAAAAUCAACACGCAUUAAUUAAUCAUGCACCGAGUAAUCUCCUGCGAGUAGCCGAGGGGCGAAGCGAUUUCAGCCAGUGUACAUCGCGGAGCCGACACCCUAUUUUCAUUAGCAUAAGAUGACUAUCCUAAUAAACAUCGAGGAUUGUCGCGCGCAGCAUAUACAAAACGUCUAGGGCACUGCUGUGGGCCAGCUUCCCGCUUUACCCGCUGCAGCUCUCCGAAAUGCCUCACACAUGGCUCCAAUUGGCGUGUGUAUGUGUAUUGGUUUACCAAACAUCAAGCGUGGCAGGGUCGACAGCGAUUGUACGCAGCGGCGCCGAGCUCGCUCAGGCACUUGCAAACCAAGGCGUGGAUGCAGCCCUGGUAGAUGUCGAGCACCUUACGAUAUCCAACGAAGACUAUACUGCAUACAGCAGCCAGCUGCCGAUACCUGUCGCUCGCAACUUCAGUAUCCUGGGCGCAUGGCAAGCGCGCGUUGGGCGCUAUCCAUACGUCGACUUUGCGUACACGCGCAAUAAGGUUCGGCUGGCUCCAGGUGUGACGCUGGGGAUCUACCACAUCCUGGUCCGCCGCUCCCGCAGCGACCCGUCGUGGCGGGGCCCCGGUCUGGACCUAAUCACGGACGACAGCGGGCGGGACCCAACCAACCCCGCCGCCUUUGCAAUAGUGGACAUCGCAGAAGGCAUCAAUCUGCAGGAGAUCUGCCUGCCGCCCGCCUACGUGCCGCUGUCCAUCGGGGGCCUUCCAUGGCCCAAGGAGCUCCCGACGGCCAAGCAGACGGGUGACUCGUUCAACACCACCGUGCCGCUGCACCCCAACUGCACUACCCGCACUGCUGGCAACGGCAGCAGUGACACGAACAGCGACGUCGACCUGCCGUACGAGCAGCAGUGCAUCCUGUCGGGCGGCUUGUACACGAACAUCGGGCUGUACUGUUAUUCAAUUGAUGCAUUUGGUAAUCAGGUCAAAACCGGUUACCUCUCGCUGAUAAGGAACUCCGAAUUCCAGUGCUAUGACAAGAUGACGGUGGAGUGCAUCGGCUCCCAAGGCGGAAUCGUGGGCUGUUACAACUACAUGACCAAGGUGGUGGGAAACGGCAGCACCAGCCAGCAGCAGCCUCCAGCAGCCACGCCGCUGGCCAACAGCAGCAGUGGCACGGCUCCGUCUGCUGCUGGUGACAGCAGCGGCUCUUCCGGCAGCGGCGGCACCACGCCCUCGAUUGUGGGGGCCGUCGUGGGCGGCGUCGUGGGGGGCCUGGUGCUGGCAGCCGUUGUGGCUGUGGCGGCAGUUUGGCUGCAUCGCCGCCGCCGCCGGGCCCAACCAGGCGCUGCUGCAGCCGGCGACAGCGAUGACGCAGACAAGGCAGCAGGGGGCGGGGCCGGCGGUGUGGCCGCCGCUGCGGUUGUGUUGCGCCUAGACCACGGUGACACCGGCGGCAGCGGGACGGCGGCGUUGCUUGAGUCAGCAGCAGAGGCUGCUUCACUGGUGCCUGUGACGGCCCUGACGCCCCUGAACGCCGACAUCCCUCUCAACAUCACCACCACAACAAUAAACCUGGCGCUCGUGUCAGGGGGUGCGCCGGGCUCUAGCAGCGUCGCCGGAAGCGAGCGCGUUGCCUCACGGCGGCGGCCGGGCGGGCAGAGUGACAGCGCGGGCAGCAGUGACCUCUGCACUCACGCCGCCGCGACGCCUGAUGAUGUGCUGGGCCACGAGCAGCAGCAGCCAGCGCCGGCGCAGCCGCACGUGACGCUGCUGCUUGGGCAGGUGAUUGGCAAGGGCUCGUUUGGCAAGGUGGUUGAGGGCAUAUACGCCGGGCGCUUGGCAAAGGCCAGCCGCCGUCACAGCCGGCCGCCGCCUGGGCCUAUGUGUCUCGGGGUGAUGACGACCCCACUGCGGCGGAUGUCGCGGCGGUGGCGGCGGCGGCGGCGGCGGCGGCAACAGGCAACAGGCACGGCGAUGAGAGCGACGGGGGCAGCAGCAUCCGCAUCCCUAGAACAGGAGCAGCAGCAGCAGAAGGAGGCGGAGGAGGAGAAGGAGGGCGUGCAGGGAGGAGGUGCGGGGACUGGUCAUUGCAAUCGGGAGGAGGGGCAGGCAGGGGCGGCGGUGGGCAUGGUCAAGGCGGUCUUGCCUGAGGGUGGCGGCGGGGCACAGCACCCGCGGGCGGCGCUACCGCUGCAGCCGCACAUUGGCGCCGCCAGCACCGCCGGCAGCACGGAGGCGGAGGUGCAGCAGGGCCUCAUCGCCGCGCUGGGUCAGGAGGUGGAGGUGCUGGCACGUGUGCGGCACCACAACAUCGUGCAGCUGCUGGCAGCCAACCUCAGGCCCCCGCACGUGUGCUUGGUAAUGGAGCGGAUGGACACGUCACUAGACCGGCUGCUGUACAAGGACCCGGACCGGCCGCUGCCGCUGUCGCUGGCUCUGCGCAUCGCGCUGCAGGUGGCGCGGGCGCUGCAUUACCUGCACCCCACCAUCCUCCACAGGGACCUCAAGCCCGCCAACGUGCUCAUCUCGCACGCGGACGACGGCGAUGAGUGCCUGGUCGUGGCCAAGCUGGCGGACUUUGGGCUGUCACGACUUCGGAGCACGGUGCUGGUCACUUGCAACCCGGAAGUGGGCACGGGCCCCUACAUGGCGCCCGAGUGCUUCGGCCUAGGGAACAGCACCAUCAUGGACCGAGCGGACUGCUAUUCGUUUGGCGUGCUUCUGUGGGAGCUUAUCGCGAGGCGGCGGCCUUGGGAGGGCCUUUCCGUGUUCGCCGUGGCGGUUCGCGUGGCGGUGCACGGCGAGCGGCUCCCGCUGGCGCCGCUGGAGCAGGCGGGCGCGCCCUCCAAGAUAGUGCGGCUGGUGUGGCAGUGCUUCGACGCGGAUCCGUGGCGGCGGCCGGCGGCAGCGGAGAUUGUCAAGAGCAUCCUGCUGGUGCAGGAGGAGCUGAGGAUGCGCAGCGAGGCUGGGCUGGCCGAGAUGCUGGGCCUCAGCGGGACGGCCUCUGUUUAGCUGCGACAAGUAGAUUAAUAUGAUUGUUGCUGACGCCAGAUUUAUCUAUGUGCGCUGAAUGCACACAGCAUUGGGUUCUGGUUGGGCAGGUUCUACGGAGAAGGGGAAGGAGGGCUGACCUCUCUGGGUGUACAGAUAGAAGGGUUGACAUGACUAUGCUAGGCGAUAGGCCGAUUGGCCAGUAUUCGUCCUUUCCUUGCAGGGCUGCACGACAACAGCUCAUCACCAGGGCUGCUGCUUCGAGGUGUUUGGGUGAUGCAUGUGUCGGCAUGUGACGGCACGGCUUGCAUGCGGCGCACUGGAUGCAUGCAUGCGUGACUGCAUGACGAAGUUGCUGGCGAGCACAGCAUGCAUGGCACGGUGUGUGGCAGCAUGAAUUGCUGUUUGAUUUGUUGCCUGCUGUGCUUGUGCUUGGCAGCGGGACGUGGCUGGACGCAUGGUGGACCGUGCCUGUACGAACCGGCCCCGGCUAUGCCCGGGAGAUGAGGCAGACGCUUGCGGCCUCAGACCAGAGACGUGGCGUGGGCGCAGCACACGUUGCCCUUGGGAGGGAAGCCCGCUUCCAUGUCCACAUGAUCUUGGGAGUUUCCCUGGAGGUAGAGCUGUGAAGGGCGCGCACAUGGGCGAAUAUCCAACCAUGGGAAUAAUAAUGGUUUCAUCACGUGCACGCACUUGAGAUUGGCAAGGUGCGGCUCAAGGUGCAGCUUCAUUGACGUGUCCGGGGCUCUUGGGCGCAUUUUCACAAGCUGCCUCUUAUGUUGCCUACUUAGAUUGCAAUGGCAAUAUGGCAUUGUUUGCAACUCUACGGGAAGUUCAAUACAACGAUGCAAACAUUACGACGACAGGGAAGGGGGCCCCGCUCUAUCCCUGACCUGCACGGGCUAUGCACUGGCCCAAACCGUUGCUAUGCAUCAGCAUCCAACCUAAAAUGGCUGUGACGGCGUGGUUGCUCAUUUGCAUCUUUACACUGCUGUGCUGAGGACAACGUGCUGCAUGUCAGCGGGCGGCAGCAGCAGUAGUGCUGAGCUGUGGUUGGUUGAUCAGGCCCGCAGUCAUGACUCAUCAUGCACGGUGAUGAUGCCUGGGGCAGUAAAGGCAGUAAAGGCACGCAUGCGGACGUUCAGAGGUAUCAACUGGACUCACGUCGGGACAGAUGUCUGUAGCUGUUGUUGUGUAGGCCACAGGGGGACAACAUACAUGGAACUAGCGUGAUGAUGGUGACGACGUGUUGUUGCAUAAAAGCUUUACGCGCUCUAUUUCUUUAUCUAUCUGGAGGGGAAACCAGUUUACAUCUUGCCUUUAUCUACAUUUAUAUGAUCAAGCGCCAUGUGUCGCGUGGGCAUGGCAGAGCCAGCCUGUCACCGGCAUCUGUCAGCCGGGGAUGGGGUUGUGCUACACAGUAGUGCUGUGAAUGCAGGGCGUGGGUGAGACCAUUGGGUGUGCGAUGGGACAGUGGUAAGGCAGGUUGGUAAAGUCCCGUGAGACCAUUGGGUGGUUGGGUGGUGCGGAGUGUGGACAUAGUGCGGACAAGGUCCCCAGUAAUGUCAUGUGUUCCAGCACGUCUUCCUUCCUCGGUAUGCAUGCACGCACUACGUACGUUUCGGGAUGGGCACCUGGCCAGACCAGGGGCCUCCCCUGAGCCAGACCGCGCACCAAGGAUGCGGCUUAGGCGGAAUACGGUAGUCAGCGCAUUAUGUGCAGUCGCCUGUCGGCUCGUGCCUUGGUCCCCUUCUACUCUUCUAGCUUCAGUAUCUCUUGUAGAGGCAGUGACAGCUGCUGUGCCAGUAUGCUUCUGUGUGGCGCCCAGGGUGGUGCGGGGUGGCCAACUCGGCCCAUGUGGUCGGCAACGGCCGGCAACCGCUCCCAAUUCCCAGUUGCGACCAGGCCCCGGCCCGAUUUCUUUGCAUAGACCUAUAAGGAGUACCCCAUAGAAGACCCCUGGCGCGCCGGGCGACUAUAUGACGGUGGUCGAAAACCCCUGGUGGCGCCUGACGCGCGGAGGUACGGAGAUGACACCUGGCCGGCAGCAGCGCUAUUCUUUUGUUUUGCGGGAUAUGCCCUGAUUCCAGGAGUUCCCUCAUUGGAGUGUCCGUCUUGUAAGGCCGAAUGCCGCAUUCACAUCACAGAGGGAGGGUGGGUCCUUCUCUGGGCCGGACAGGGUCCUUGCAUUGCUAGCUACCAGCCAGACCUCGGCUGACCUCGGCUGUGUCUGUAAGUUGUUGUUGCG